GUUUUCAUUUGCUGUGAGACUUUCAGAAAGACAAUUAUAUUUUGAAGAACAUGUUGUUCCUCCCUGUAUUCUUAAUAUUGAUUGUAGAAGGCGUGAUCUUUACCGUAUCAAUGAACCGAGCACCGCCGUGUCACGACUACGAAGUAAUGAACAAAAUGGGGACUCCCAUCGCUUGCGAGAAGAAGUGUUCAUACACACCACCGGCUGAUUGUGGUAUGCCGGGAGCGGGAUCAUCUUAUACGGCUGUCAACCCGUGUGUCUGUCCGAAUGGUAUGAAGAGGGCAUACAAUGGCCAAUGCGUUCCAGAGGCAACGGACUGCGACAGUCUAACAGUUGGCGUUGACAAUGUUGGCAUGUGUGAUGCUUUUUCUUACCUUGCGCAAGAUUCCAUAUAUAAUGAAAUGGAAUGUGGAGCCGGCAACGGAGGGUACACAGUCAGUAACACUUGCUAUGGUCCUAAUAAUUGUUGCUGUAAAUAUGGAUAUCUCAGACAAAAUGCCGGCUCCGACUCCGGCCAAUGCAUCAAGUCGGCCGACUGUUGGACAUGGCCUGGGCCCCGUUAGUCAGUGGCGCUCGACUGAAGAUACAUUUGGUAAUGGUACCUAGGUUUUAUCAACUACAAGCAAUGCAUGGGUUACUAAAGGAAAUCAAUGAUAUAUUUAACUAAGUAUAUAGUUUAAUCUCUAACUCUAUUAAUAUACGCUGCAGGCCUG